AUGUUUUGCCACAAUGGCGAUACCUUAGAAGCAAACUACGGUUCGAGUUUGGUGCAAGAUCUGUCAUCCAUGGAAACACCUCAACCUCACUUCAUUCCUGGAUACACGGGAUGCACUCCUGGAGCAGGACCUCAGAGGCAUUUCACCUUUGGUGGUACUUAUGGGCAUUAUACUCACGAUCUCCUCAUUGAUCAUCCUGUUGGAGGUGGGCGCUUAAGUGUUUUAGCGGGAGAUAACCGAAUUAUUAAACAGUGUGUAGAUCGACAUCAUGUAGAUCCUAAGAAGCUACAGGACAAUCCUCACUAUACUCUAGAGCCUCACGUCAUGCCUGGAUACACUGGUUGGAUUCCCGGAUCUGGUGUCAAGCGAUCUGAUGUUAUUGGCGAGACUUACGGUCGCAUGUCUCACAUUCGAUUUGCCAAACACCCAAUAGCUGGAGAUCGACUUCGUCCAAUCCACCAUCGGAAACCAGAAACUGUAGCGUCGGAGGAAGAGGUAAAAUUUUUCUGCUAUUUGCAUGAAAUCACAGCGAAUGAUCUAAAACGAAGAGCAGGAACUGUUCCAGGCUAUACAGGUCAUAUUCCCAGGGCAACAUUUCGUUUUGGAAAGUGUAUGACGAAGAUUACGCAUGAGGCGACUGCAGAGUUCGAGAAAAUACAGGAAAGGAAAGAAGUGUGUAAUAACGGAGAUCAUUAA